UCUAGACGGUAUAUUAACUCGGCUUUGAACUAGUCCACUCAGAACCGAUAACAGGACUCCUAAUAGCUACUGCAGAACAACCUGUUGCGAUCAUGCUGUUUGUCUGGUUUUGCGUUUUUGUUUCUGCUUUCACCGGCCGCUUUGUAACCAAACAAUCUCCUCCGCCUCCCGGUAGCUAUCAAGAAGUCCCGGUGAACCGUACCGAUGUUUUAGAAGCGGCGCAGUUUGCUGUGGAUGAAUUCAACAAAGCCAACACAGAAGACAUGUUUAAUUACGCAAUUUUGGACAUAACAUCGGCUGAAGUUCAGGUUGUCGGAGGAUUUAACUACUUCCUGGAAAUGCUCCUGGGACGUACAACGUGCAAGACAGGCAACGCUGCUGCUGUUAAAGGCAACGCUGCUGCUGUUAAAGGCAACGCUGCUGCUGUUAAAGGCAACGCUGCUGCUGUUAAAGGCAACGCUGCUGCUGUUAAAGGCAACGCUGCUGCUGUUAAAGGCAACGCUGCUGCUGUUAAAGGCAACGCUGCUGCUGUUAAAGGCAACGCUGCUGCUGUUAAAGGCAACGCUGCUGCUAACGACUGUGAUUCCAACUCUGAACCCAAGGCAAGUGAACUUAAGUGCACCUUCACCGUUAAUGAAGUCCCUUGGGAAGAUUCACGUGUCCUUUUUCAAAAGGAAUGUAAAGUCAACCACUGA